UUAAUUUAUACUCCAACAACUAUUCUUGCUUCUGUGAUUCUCUCUGCCCUACCAGGACUCAUUGACCUCAGUGAAGCUUACAAAAUUUGGAAGGUUGAUAAGAUAGACUUUCUUGCAUGCGCUGGAGCAUUCUUUGGAGUACUGUUUGCAUCUGUGGAGAUUGGUCUACUUGCUGCGGGUACUCAAAGAUUUUUGCAACGCUUGGAGUUGUAUGCAAGUGUUGUGAUGGGGUUGGAGGCGCCUGCACUAGUAAAUGGACAGAAUCUUGCAAUAACCUACAAUGUUUUCCUUGGAAAUCACACUGUACUAAGCAACAUUAAAUAUUUUAUGCUAAUUAAACAUAUAAAUAUAAAUAUACACAACAUUUUAAUGUAAUUAGCAUCUGUAGCU